AGUAAAAAAUUCUCAGACAAACAAAAGAAGCAAAAUGGGUGAGAAUCCAUGGCAGCCUCUUCUCCAGACCUUCGAGAAACUAUCAAACUGCGUCCAAACUCACCUGUCCAAUUUCAUCGGCAUCCAAAAUAGUCGUCCUUCGUCAUCCACAGUCCAAAACCCAAUCAUCUCCUUGGACACUUCUUCUUCUCCACCAAUCGCAACCAACAGUUCCUCUAGUCUUCAGAAACUCCCUUUCAAGGAAAAGUCUAUAGGUCCUGUGACUAAAGAGGAUCUUGGGAGAGCUACAUGGACAUUUUUGCACACUCUUGCUGCGCAGUAUCCAGAAAAGCCAACAAGGCAACAAAAGAAGGAUGUUAAAGAACUGAUGUCGAUACUCUCUCGAAUGUACCCUUGUAGAGAAUGUGCGGAUCACUUCAAAGAAAUCCUAAGAUCAAAUCCCGCACAAGCUGGAUCUCAGGAGGAGUUCUCGCAGUGGCUUUGCCAUGUACACAACACCGUAAAUAGAAGUUUGGGGAAAUUGGUGUUCCCUUGCGAGAGAGUGGAUGCAAGAUGGGGCAAGUUAGAGUGUGAGCAGAAAAGUUGUGAUCUCCAUGGCACUUCAAUGGACUUUUAGACCCAUUUUUAUUAACUACUUAUAUUUGUAUUGACCUUGAUAAUAUAUAUUUUUUUUUUUUGAACAACCAUGUGCUUCCAUUCCAUUAACUAGAAAGUAACAUACAAAGCAGGUAGAAAUAGCUUAAACAACAGUAGAGGGCAUACCCCAAAUUUAAAGACAACGAUAGUACAAGGAUAGAUAGUAGCAAAGAUAUAAGGAUCUUGAGAGCUAUGGACCAAGUGCUGAAUAGCAAGCUGGAGCAUGUGAGGUCAAGAAAUAUCCAUGCAGCUUCCAUGAACAAGUCAUUGGAAGAGAAGGUGGCCACUGUCUUGAUUUGAAGACUGGGUGGCGAUGAAGCAGUCAAAGCUGAGGAUCUCAUCGAAAUGAGAAAGUCUACACGAAGUAGUGCUUUGUCUAAGGUGUCAGCAGGGUUGUGAAUGCUCUGAUUACCGAUCACUGUAAAAGUGGUUGCGGUUUUAAGGUUGAGAGGGGGAAGCUUGAAGAGGUUGGGGUAACCACUACUCCUUGGAAUGGUGAUCAUAAUGCCCCUAUUCUUCAAACCUAAAUGAGGGAACUUCAACAAGUAGAUGGUAUGCAAAUUGGAGAGCUUGGAACAAGGAAAUAAUGGAGAGAA